AUGCGCAUCGUCACCCCCAAGAACCUGCACUAUCCCAUCACCGUCACGAGACUCCUUCGCCAGCCGCAAGAACAGAUCGACUACAAUGCGCCCCUGUUCACCUACCAGUACAAGACAAAGGUGCUCGAGGGCGAUGAGGAAACGCGCGAGGCCAAGCUGGUCGAGCGGCUGUGGCCCUCGACCUUUGAGAGCACUGCUGAAGGCACCCUGACCGAAUGGCACCUUUCCGUAGGACGCGUGAUAACCGGGCCUGGUAUUCCCAUUGUCGACGUCGAGGAAGCAUGCAAACACGAGGUGCAGUUCGGGAACCUUUGCGCCGACUGCGGCAAGGACAUGACGACCGUCAGCUACAACACUGUUACACGCGACACGGCGAGAGCGACCGUCAAUGCUGUCCACGGCCACACGUCACUCCUCGUCUCGACCGCCGAGGCCUCCAAGUCGGACGAAGAAGCAAAGCGCCGUCUCCUGUCGUCUCGCAAACUCUCGCUGGUCGUCGAUCUCGAUCAGACCAUCAUCCAGGCUACCGUCGACCCUACCGUGGCCGAAUGGCAGAAGGAUCCGCAGAACCCAAAUUAUCCCGCUGUCAAAGACGUCCGCGCAUUCCAGCUCAUAGACGAUGGUCCGGGUGCAAGAGGCUGUUGGUAUUACAUCAAGUUGCGUCCUGGUCUUGAGCACUUCCUCUCCACCAUCUCAAAGUACUUUGAGCUCCACAUUUACACAAUGGGCACCCGUACGUAUGCUCAGAGUAUCGCCAAAAUCGUAGACCCUGAUCGCAAAAUCUUCGCCGACCGCAUUCUCAGCAGAGACGAAAGUGGCAGCCUGACUGUCAAGAACCUCAAGCGUCUAUUCCCUGUCGACACCAAAAUGGUCGUUAUUAUCGACGAUAGAGGCGACGUCUGGCACUGGUGUCACAACCUUGUAAAGGUCACCCCGUACGAUUUCUUUGUUGGCAUCGGCGACAUCAACUCCAGCUUCCUCCCCAAACGCCCCGGAUUAGAGCCAAGUCCUUCUACAUCUGCCAACUCGGAUGCAUCAACAGCUGCCACUGUUGCUCAGCCGGCUACCAGCCCGUCGAGUGAUCCAACAGGAAACAAGGUCUCAGCAAUCGAUCAAUUGGUCUCCAUGGGUGGUGGCAACGACCCUACAAAGCUCAAGGAGCAAACGUCAGAGCAAGGAGAAGCCAUCAGCGCUCAGCUCACAGAUCGUCCCCUUCUGCAAAAACAGAAAGUUCUUGAUGCUGCAGAAGAAGACAGUAAUGGUCUGGCUGAAGCCUCUUCUGACAAUGACGCAACUUCCGCGCCGGAGCCAUUAGCCGACGUGCAUAAUAAGUAUCGUCACAAUUUGCUGCAAGACAACGACGACGAGCUGCACUAUCUCCAGCGAAGUCUCCAAAAUGUCCACUCAGCCUUCUUCCAAGAAUACGAUCGAAAGGCUUCGGGGCCUGCAGAUGGCCGUGUCGCUGAACUGCGUACCGGUCCCGACAACAGUCGAAUUACGGAAAAUCUUGGCAGCAUUCCGGAUGUGACCAGCAUAAUGGCAGCGAUGAAGCUUAAGGUACUCCGCGGAGUUCAUCUGGUUUUCUCUGGUGUGAUGCCAUUGGGUGUUCAAGUCCAAAAUCAUGAUUUCGCGAUCUGGGCUAAGAGUUUCGGCGCUACCGUAUCAGAGAACAUCACCAAGCGUACCUCCCAUGUGGUAUCUUCGCCGUUGCGAAAGACAGCCAAAGUCAGGCAAGCCGCCAAGAAACCUGACAAGAUCAAAAUUGUAUCCCAGGAUUGGUUAUUCGCAUGUUUAGUACAGUGGCAGAAGAUUGAUGAGGCUCCGUUCCGACUGCACGCUGACUUAGAGAACGAGCCAAACGACCAAGCUACCAAUGGCCAAGGCUCACCUUUUGAUGGACCUGACCAAAACGCUCAAUUGUCGUCAUCAGACGAGGAAGCCGCUGUCACAGAGGACGAGGAUUCUGCCGAAACGUCCGGCACAGAGAACGAUACCGAUGCACAAGAGCAAGCGGAACUCGAGCGUUACAUGCCUACCUUGCCUCGCGAGCAAAGCACGACAGAUUAUGACGAUAGUCUUGCAGCAAUGCAUGCUGAACUCUAUGCGGAGGGCAUUUUCGACGGGGACAGCGAUACAGAAGGCUCUGUUCGCUCAGAGGCAGGAGAUGUGGAUUCGCUUCCUCCCAGUGCCAAUAAGAGGAAGAGAAGCGACGAUGACCAGUCCGAGGAUAAUGACGAUGAGAGUGAUUCAAGCUUGGGCUCUAGCAGACUCGAACGGCGGAAGAAGAAGGCACUAGCUAGGACGACAAGCCUUGUCAGCGUUUCUGCGGUCGACGACGCACAGAGGGUCAAGGCUGAAGCUCAGGCUGUUACCCAACAGGACACACCUGCGGAUACCAAAAACGACAUCGUCGAAGAUGAAGACGAAGACGACCUGGAUCUUGAGGCACAGAUGGAGGCGGAGAUGCUGAGACAAGCCGAAGAGGAGGGAUACCCAUGA